AAACAAAAUUGUAAUCAUCGACCGUAAAGAAAAUGACCUCUCAACCAUUUUUCUCCAUUUUAUUCAAACUCAUUUAACUUUAACAUUUUCAACAAAAAAAAAAAUAUGGCUUCAAUACUACUUCUCUCAACCACCCUCCUCUACUUAACUCUAGCUUCUGCGCAGUGCCCCUACCCUUGCAACCCACCACCAACCGCGGGUGGCGGCAACACCAACACGCCACCAUCAACAACCAUGCCACCACCCGCUACACCAACGGGGAAUAAUUACCCCCCGCCGGCGGGUAUUUACACACCACCAUCAAAUGUUUUUCCUUAUAACCCUCCAACCCCUGACUUUUAUGGAGGUGUACCACCUGCCCCGGACCCUAUAGUCCCAUGGUUCCCCUUUUACUACAAGGAUCCGCCACGUAACCCUCGUAAAUCUUCGUCGGCUGAUGCGAAAAGCGGAUCAACGGCUGUGAUUUUCUUAGUCCAUGUUGUUAUGUUCGUCCAGUUGAUGCUAUAUUAGGUAGGAGUAGCAUGCAAUGAAGUUAUUUUUUUGUUUUAAUCUCAUAUGGUGUAUGGUGGUGGUUUUGUUAAGGGGCAGAUUUGGUAAUAAAAAAACAUGGGAGCAGUUAUAUGAUUAUUUUUGUUGAAAAUGCAGAUGAUUCUGUUCUGUAUUUUACUCAGAUUUUUUUUUGUUCUUCAUAGGUACAAUGUGUGUACAAAGUGGCUUUUGAGUGUUUAGUUUAUCUUUCCUUUUACAUCAUUUUAUUUGUUUCUUUUACUG